CUUAAGCACGUUUUUCAUAACGACCGCAAUAACAAAUUUUCAUAAGCAAGUCGAUAGAUUUUUCUCUGAUUGGUGGAUGCAAUAAUGGAAAUCGAGUAAUCUUUUCUUAUUGGUCGACGCAAUAACGUAGUUGGAUGGAUUUUCUCUGAUUGGUAGGAACAAUAAUGGAAGUUGAUAGGUUUUCUUUGAUUGGUCGACGCAUUGAUGGAAGUCAACGAUUCUUGUUUUUCUCUCGAACACAAUAAUAGAAAUAGCGCGAAAUAAGUCAAACAGUGUGUAUUAUAAUUCAUAUACGUUUACUCAAUGUUAUUUAAAUAUUCAUAGUGUUGUAUUUAAAAAUAUAAAUAAAUGUAAUAAUGACUACUUCCACAGAUAUUGCUACGAUAAGGGUACAGAGAUACCUAAAUAUGCCAUUGGUACAGAGAUGUAGCGAGUUGGCAGUAUUAAUAGACGAAUCAAGUACUACAGAGCUACAACAUGUAUUUCCAAUAAUAAUAGAUUCACUGUUUGGAAUAACGGAUAAUAUCGGUUGGGGUUUGCAUAAUAUUACUUACAAAAAGAAUCCCCAAGAAUAUGAAAUGCUGUAUAAUUUCCUUAGUCCACAUGGACCAAUAUUUUCUCUUUGUUAUAAAUUACUUCCAGAUUGUUACUUGAAAUAUAAUUUCCCGGUAUCAUAUUUGCCAUCAAAGAUACGCUCGAUGUUAGAGGAAGGUGUGAUACCACCUUUUUAUCUUGACAAAAUUAGAGAUGACCAAGGAACGAGAGUUCCGUCAGCUUUAUUUAUGAAUCCCUUUGAGUAUUACAUUUUUCAUUUCGCUUAUCAUUUGACGAAUCCUUGGCUACAGAUACAACAGCAAGAAAAUGUUUGGGUAAAUUGGGAAACAGUGUAUGUUCAAUCGGCUCAUUAUUAUUUGCAUCAUUUUUUACCAAGAGAUAAUUCACCAGUUUUACCAAUAAUUGGGCCAUACAUAAAGAAAACUCCUCAAAGGAAAUUGAUGCAGUCGCCUGAAAAUAAAAGUUUUAAAAUUUCAAUUAGAGAAUCUCAUAGAUUACAAACUCCAAGACUUUUGAGAGCAUCAAUAUUAUCGCCAGGAUCUACCAAUUUAGUGGUAGGAGUCCCUCAACAACAAUGUCUUCCUCAAGUAUGGAGAAGUGAGACAGUGAUACAAGUAUUUCUUGAUUUUUGGAUGGAAUAUACUGAAGACGAUCAUAUGCCUUCUCAAAUGAAUAUGUCGUAUUCUACUCCUAUUCCACAUCGCCACAGCAUUCAUUCUGGUGAACAUAUACGUCUAGUUAGAGCAUUUAUAAAAACUUUACAUGAAUUUGCAAAUAGUUCGAUCGGAGAUAAAAGUGCUAUGGAUGAGUUAAAAAGGAUUAUUUUGCCAUCUGUGCAAGGAAAAAUCUAUGUAUUCCUUCGAAAAGCUAUAUAUCAUUGGCCUCUGGACAGUUCGUUUAGAUUAAUUUUGGAGGCAUGGUUGAGUUUUAUUCAACCAUGGAGAUAUAUUGUAGGAGUAACAUAUACAAAAGAAGGCAAACCGGAGGAAGAAGAGAGGGGUAAAAUACAUGAUCCAAACAGAUGGAUAACUUUUGUUGCUAAUAAUCUAUUGGCUUAUACGGUAAUAUUUCAACAAUUAUUACCACGUUUUAUGAGAACUGACCUCGUGGCUCCGAAAAAUGCUUUGAUGUUAUUUAGAGUUACAAAGGUAUUUUCUCAACCCCAUUUGGCAAGGAUAUUAUCUGAAGUAGAAAGUUGUAUGGAUGAUGCCAAUCUUAAUAGAAAUCGUAUGCAAUCUAGUCAAUGGACUUCCGUAGUAAGGCAACAAAUUAUGGAACUUGAAGGUCCAACUUAUCAAUACAUUCCCAUGUUUUCAACGACCACUGUUACACAAGUAACUUUUUUCUUAAGUAUAAUCAAACAAGCACAUUUAACAGCAACGAGUUUGAUCGAAGCAUUAGAAAAGAGGAAACGGAGUCAGCAAUUUUUAGUUGCCCUAUGGGAAUUCUUUUACGGGGAAGAGAAUUCGUCCGAUGAUAUUUCUAUAGAGGAACGUCGUAGGGUUCCUAUAUUUUUAGCAAACGCUCAGCAACAAUUGAUCGAUAUGUUCCAAGUAAAAAAUACUUCAAUUAUAAAAUCUUUUAUUUCAUUAGAAGAUAUUCCACAAAUAAGUAUUACACCUGAUCAGGAAUAUCACGAUAGUAUCCUCUCGACUUCUUUUCAUCAUCAGUCUCAGGUGGAUUCAUCGUUAGAUUCAAGUAGACCAGGUGUUUUUGUACCAAUACCGGAUGGAAGACAAAAUUUUCGAUACAUCGAAUAUAUGGGAGAUCCAGAAUUACAGCCAGUUCGUUCCAACGAAUGUGCUUACCUAGUCAGAAAUUUGUAUAACUUUUCUUCUUAUAUUAAUAACAAGUAUCAAUACGAGAUAAAUAUUUUAUACAACAAGAGAAAUUUUCUUGGAAGUAUUUGUCGACAGAUACUUAUACCGCCAACCACAAUUGUAAAACUUCCAAAACGAACCAUUAAUGGUUUUUCAAGUGGUUCCGAAGAAUUGAUCCCUCCUCGAUUGAGUUUAAGACGAUUAUCUAGUUAUGGUUUCUUGAUUUUUAUAUCAGCGAGUAUGUUUAUGGCAUGGAUCACAAAUUACGGGGUACUAUGGUUAUUGUGCCUAAUGUUUUUUAUAUGGUUCCUAUACAUAUUGAUACGAGCAAUUUUCGAACCAUGGUUUCAAUCAAGCACAAAUACUUUUAGGCCAAACACAACCGCUUUUUCGAUAAACUAAAUCGUAUUAUAACCGAAGAUUAUUAAAAAAAAAAAAAAAAAAAAAAAAAAAAAAAAAUGAAUCGCUUUAUCUGAUAUGGACUAAAAUAUGUGCGAGCAUUAAAUCGCAUUAAUUCGCAGCAUCGUUUAAAAAAGUAAACAAUAAAAAGAAAAAAAAAAAAAAAGAGAAAAAAGAAACAAAAUUAUUGCGAACGAAUUAUGGUAAUUAAUUCGCAAAUGAUUGUCACACAAGUUAUAUUGUAAUCUAUAUGGAAUUAGAGAUACGUCAGAUCCGAUAUAUUCUUUAUAAACUUUUUUACAGACCAUUGAGAUGAAUGGAAUAAUGGAAUAAUGGAAUAAAUUACAAUUUUUUUUUUAUAGAGCUAUUGCCUUGUAAGGUAUUAAAAAAAAAAAAAAAGAAAAGAAAAAGAAAAAAAAAACUAUACGAACGUAAAACAUGAAACUGGAUUCACGUAAAUAACUCGAUCGGAUAUCUUCAGUUAAACAUUAACAUCGAUAAAGGGUUUUUUAGAAAAUUGGACGAUACCAAUUUAUUGCCAUAGAAAUAUAAUCAUUCAAUCAAUACCACGUACAUACUAACAAUUAUUAUUUCUCCUGUUAGUCGUAUUACAUAUAUACAGAUAUCUGUUCAGAACGUAUAUAUGUACAUACUCGGAAUGCAUAGUUCGUUAACGUUGACAUUGUGAAAGAGGCGAAAAUUGUACCUCUUUUUUCUAUCGAACUCGACUUUUACCUUUAUAAUAUCAUUCAGAGUAUAUUCUGUUAUUAUAUUAGAAAAAAAAAAAAAAAAUGAACUAAUGAAAAAGAUUGCGAUACGAAA